CGGAAGCGGCUCAUCGGCAACGCCCGCCCCGCCGCCAUGGCGCCGGCGUCGCGUUCCCGCAGCCCGCCGGCCGCCAGCCCCGAACGCCGCGGCCGCAGGUCGCGCUCCCGGUCCCGCUCCCGCGAGCGCAACGGCCUGAAGCGGCCGAGCCACCGGCGGAGCCGCAGCUGGUCCCGCUCCCGCGAGCGCACCCCCGGCGGGCCGCGCUCCGCCGCGCACCACGGCCACCACCACGGCAAGGCCUGGCCCGAGUACUACGAGAAGGAGAAGGAGGAGAUCCUGCGGCAGAGGAGGCUCAAUGAGAGAGAGAGAAUUGGGGAACUGGGCGCACCUGAAGUCUGGGGACUGUCACCAAAGGUUCCUGACCCCGAUUCUGAUGAGCACACACCGGUAGAAGAUGAAGAAGCGAAAUCCAAGAGUAGUUCUUCAGAUUCCAGCUCGGAAGAGGAAAAAAAGAAAAAGAAGAAGAAAAGAAAGAAGAAAAAGCGGAAGGCAUCCAAAAGAAAACGCAGAAAACAUUCUGAGGACAGCGACAGUGAGUCGGAGUCUGAGCAGAACUCCAGUGAUGAAGAUAAAAAGAAAAGCAAGAAGAAGAAAAAGAAGAACAGAAAGAAGAAGUAUAAGAAAAAGAAAAAUAAGAAGAGCAGGAAGGAAUCCAGCGAUUCAAGUAGUGAAGAUUCUGAUGACGAAACAUUUCAAGGGGAAGAUCUCUGGAUUGAGAGAUCAAAAAAUACCGAAGCUGACAGCUUGAUUGGACCAGAAGCACCCAAAACUCAUGCAUCUCAGGAUGAUAGGCCUUUGAACUAUGGACAUGCCCUCUUGCCCGGUGAAGGUGCAGCAAUGGCAGAGUAUGUAAAAGCAGGAAAACGUAUACCGCGGAGAGGUGAAAUCGGCUUGACCAGUGAAGAGAUCGCAUCGUUUGAGAGCUCUGGUUAUGUCAUGAGUGGCAGCAGACAUCGCCGAAUGGAAGCUGUGCGUCUGCGUAAAGAGAACCAGAUUUACAGCGCAGAUGAAAAGAGAGCUCUGGCAUCCUUCAACCAGGAGGAGAGGAGGAAACGAGAGAAUAAGAUCCUUGCAAGCUUUCGAGAGAUGGUCUACAGAAAGACAAAGGGCAAAGAGGAAAAAUAAUUCUUUAUUUGAACUGUACGCUGUAGAUUCUACCAAGCAGCAGCUAACCUGUUCCCGUCAUGAUUUGAAAAAAGCUGCAAGUGCUGCAGUGCCUUUCACCCAACAGGGCCAAGCCUCAGGAGUGGAUUACUUGUAUCAAGGAAACAGUUACUUUUGUCAGAUUUUCUUGGAUGAUUUUUUCACCAUCUGCAAGGAAUCCCCGUAAAGUGAAAGGCUACGAGGCAGGGAAGGCAGGAACAAGCAGGGAAGACUAGAGGUGACAAUGUUGUGUGCUCGCUUUGAAUCAGACAAGCAGAAGGAUUCCAUGGGAGGGCUUUGUUACCUGAUGCUGAUAAGUGCAAUUUUCCCUUUAUUUUGAUUAAUCAGAGUCGACUGGCCAUUAGAAGCAAGCUACUAGUAACAGUAGCAAAAAUGAAGGAACUCCCAAGUUCCCAUUUAAGAUUUAAGACUGUCCACUUAGGUAUUUUUUCAUAAGUCUUUUAGAUUUAUUUUUUUCUCAAAACAGUUGAGGUUGGUUUGUGGUUCAAACUAGACUUGUAAAUAGAAAUGAGUUUGUAAUUUAACACAGAUGGGCUUUAGUUACUUUAAAGCAAGCAGAUCGCAACUGGGGUAUAAAGUAACAGUAAUAGGAGGGUCUGAUCUUCAAUCCGCCAAAGCCCGUGGUGAAGAACUAAGUUGCUUGCUUCUUUUUUUCCUAUGUUAUACAUAGGUAUCAGAGUAGUGGGGUGCAGUGAUUGGAACCCCUGGAUGUACAUAGGUGGUAACAAGGAUGUAUCUUUCAAUUUAUUUGAAAUUCUUUUGUCUAUGGAAGUGUUCUAGAUUAAAACCUUAUUUUAACUCCUGUGGUAUUUUAAUUUGGUCUGUUUCAGCAAUAUUACAUGGCUGUCUUUAAACUCUGUACUCAGAGGCCUACUCUGGGUAGUGCUUCUGUGGUGGUUAUCUUUGAUUCAACUGCAUAUUGCCAGAUAUACCUCCCUUAGCCUUCUUUUUCUCAAAUGCUUUUAAAAACGAAGUGUUUUCUAGAGGGUUUUUUUUGUUCCCCUAAGUCUCUGUGUGGUAAUUUUGGCAGCAGAGAUGUCUUGUAUGUUUGUAUGAAGAAAAUAAAAAGUCCUAUAAUGUGUU